CUUUAUGCACCUAUCUUGCUGUGGAAGAGGUGAUGACAUAAUGGGAAGUCGUUUCAUAUUAACUUGUCUGACAGUUCUCGCACUAGUUGCCUAUUGUAACACAAGCCCUGGGAGAAGAUCAGGCACCAGUAGGAAAUCAAACAAACCCUCUGAAGAAAACAGACCCCCACAGAAAAAAGAGACUCGUGUCCCAGGGCAGCUGUCUUAUGGAGGGAAAAAUCUUGAUAUCAAGUUUAACCAUACAGAAGAGUUGGUCAUCUAUAAAGCAAAUUAUACCUGGUUUCCAGAUGAUCUCUUCUAUCCAUAUUCAAAGCUCCAAGGAUUCAACUCCUCUGAAGAGGAACAGGAAGCUUUCCUGAAAAUCUGCAUAAACUCUACAAUGAAAAAGAACAGUGAUAUCAUCUCUAAAUAUAUCUUGAAUGAUGAUGUCUAUAAAAGGAUUGAAAGGAAAGUCUUAAAGCACCUCUGCUUGCAAAAUUAUGGGAGAGAACCCAAUAGGGCUAACCAAUGUACCAGAGGCUUAUGGGUAAUUACCCUUGUAGCUCUUUUCUCCUUUGCACUGCUGAAAUCAGAAUAA